CCAGCUGUGGGUGCGUCACAAAAACGUGUUAGGUGCCAUUGCUGCGGCCCACAGAACGCUUAUCCAGCAUAUACUCUACGCCAUCCUCCCGAUUCUCUCUGGGAUCACUUCCUUUGUAGCUUCUCGAAGGACACGGCACUCACCCCAUUGUAGAAUGGGGAAGAUAACGGUAUUCUGUCUCAUCUCAGGCUGCACCCCCGAAAUUCCCCACAGAAUUCGAACUUAUCAGGACUACCAACCUCCUAAUUCGGUGGGACGAUUGGUAUCACAAGCUCUCAGCGAGCUAGGGACGGAGGAGGAGACAGUAAAUGACGUAACGGCUAUUGGAGACUUCGAUGCACAUGAAAAUCAAGAUUCAGGCGGCGGUAUCCCAAAGGAAAUCGCUCUUGGUACCCCGGACUUUCGGAUCAGUGCUCUCCGACACUGCCGAGCAGGUGGUAGUUGGGAACACGGCGCCGUGGAUGGGCCUUUCGGUCUUAACGGGAAGGCAGAUGCACGAGGCCCCUUCCUCGUCUCAUUUGGUGCGCUUUUGAUGGUCCAAACCUUCGCUUUGCCCAUCCUGCAUCUCGCGACGCACGGUAGGGUCACACCCGCGCGCCUGUGGCGCCUCGCGGUGCACCAAGGGCACUCCGAUCUCAGUGGGGACUGUAGCGGGCUAGUAGACGUUGACUACGGCGAGAUCAGUGAGCAACGAGAACAGUACCCGGAUCCUAUACCUUGGAUGAAUGCAGAAGCGGUGAUUUCUCUGGAAGAGUUGGGGGACGUGCAAGCCAUCAAGGAGACCAUUAUUCAUCGGGGAGGUUUCUGGAUGUGGAUGAGUCCCGAUAGUUUUCCGAUAGAACUGGCAUCCUGCCGCGAUGACCCUCCACUCACCUUGAUCGAGCCACCGAUGGCCGGCACCACUUUAUCUGCUGUUGAGAGCCUGCCGUGUGAGCUCCUCUGCGCAAUCACAGAACAGCUUCCGAUGACUUCUUUAUUCUCUCUUUCGUCUACGUCACGCACUCUACGAGCUAUACUGCUCGGCUCGGAAGCUGGUCGGAACGCAAUAGCGCGAGGCUGGAUUAUGAAAAGCGCACCGUGGUACAUUCCCGUUGCUACAUCCCGAGAUUACGAGCCACACUUUGAGAUGGGCCAAGUUUGCGACCCCUGGGCGUACAUGAGGAGAUGCCUUUCGAGCGGCUCAAUGCGGAACAGAGUGCGCAUCUGGAAGGCCGCAGAGCAGAUUGAUAAGCUCGUUGGCCAGUUGUAUGUGUAGAGAAAUUUGAUAGCAAUUUGUUGAGUUGACGACAUUAAACUGAUACGACGUGCUGUGAUUCAGCCAUACGAACUUCAUCGUUAAACGUGUAGAUUAUCCAAGGUUCCAUUUCUCUCAGCUGAGGGCGAUGCUGUAAUCGUCUGGUAUCAUUUAUCAUUUCUUGCGAAAACGCACUACGAUUACAAUUAUGGAUCCCCG